AUGGAAGUACCUAAAGUUCUUCCCAUACUCCGACUAUCAUAUCUGGUUAUUAAAGAAGUUUUGAGCAUAAUGGAUCCGCAGGAUUUCAUCAGCAUCUACAAAAUCUCACUGAAAUUCAAAAAAAUUGCGAUUGUUUGUUCGAAACAGCAUCCGAUUUUCAAAUAUUGUCUAGAACUUGUUAUUGAUAAUAAGCCAAUGAUUGAAGUCAAAAGAACAGACAAAGACUUUGUGUAUAACAUCGAUUUGGAAGAUGAACGUCCCGAAAAAGAUUUAAUCGACGAAUUCAAAGAAUAUGCGGAAUAUGUAAUGGAAGUUUUUGGUUGGCCUGUAACUCACAUUGAUUACUCGUUGGAUGAUUUUCCAGCUCAAAAUAAAUCGAUAAUUGACUGGUUCAAACUUCAUGUCAAGUCUUCGGAUAAUUGCAAUUUAUGGGGUGGCAAAUUAGCAGAGGAGCCUUUAACUUACUACUUGCACAAUAUGGAAAUUAGCAAAGAUUUGACCAUUGGUGUCCAAGUAAAAGAUGAUUUCAGACUAAACUUACGUCAAAAUAUUCCAUGUCUGGAAAUAACUAACUAA